UCCUGAAAGGUUGGCUGCGCGGCCAAGCUCGCUUGAAGCGUAGGGGCGCGACCUGGCGCUCACCUGGACGAGGCCCCUCUAGCGGCCGAAGGGAGAACCUGCCCGGCGGUGGCUUGAGCAGCCCGCUGGGCGUCCCCGCUAACAGCCGCUGACGGGCCCGGGCGGUGGCCCCGCGGCCGCUUCCUCCGGGGAGCAUCAUCGUGCAGACCCACAGAGCCCUGACGCGCCUCGGGGACCGUGUGAGCCCCCGCACCCUGCGCCUGCGUCCACCUGUGGGCUCUGUUGCGUCUUGCUCUCACAGCACGCCUGCAGCUCAGCAGCCCCCCAAGGCUGUUGGUCAACCCAGUCCCCCGCUGCCGUCCCCCAGGGGUUCAGCUGUGACCCAGAACCUGCGCGUGCGGUUUCCCUGCAGCGCUCGCUACUCGGUCCAGAGCCUCACAGCAGCCUCUGCGGGAGACGUGGAGGCCCCUCAGGUUUUACGAGGAAAUGACCUUGAGGUGACCUCAGCGACGGCAAGGGGCUCAGGUGUGGGCCGGUGCGGCUGGGAGGGGCCGUGUAAGAGAGGAUGGAGUUGCCAUAUUGCAUUAUGGAAGAUGCCUGAGGAUCAGCUGGGCUGGCGCGGUUUGUUGUUUUUUUCUUUCCUUGAGGCGUGGGUGGCAGGAACUGUGAUCAGAGGAGGGAUGCGCCGGAGACAGUUGGUAAGAGGCAGAGCCCAUACAUUUACAGGAGCCACUGGUGGGCUUCGGCCGGGCUGCGAAGGGUGCUGCGGCUGCGGUGAAACGGGUGAGGCGCUCUCGGAACACUGUGCGGUUGCCCUGACGGAACUCUGUCAUCAACUUUUCCUGCCCUCGCGCUUAGGGCGUGGGCGGAGACACGUGCUCAGGUUUAUCCCUUGGGUAGGAUUUUCUGAAUGAGCAAAAUUUCUAGGCUUUUGGUUUGUUCUGUGAGCUUUAAGGAGUAGCAACAACCACAAGAAAAAGCCAACCCCCAGAAACAAAAACCAUAAUAAUAGCUCCUCCACAGGUUCGGGCAUAGUCAGCCCAAACCCCAAAUUCUGGUAGCUUCUCGGCUUGGUUUUGAGAUGGCUGUAACGAUUGGUCAACAGCUUUUCACGUUAAAGAAACAGAGAACGCCAUUGGCUAAAGAUGCUGCCUGCCUCUGGACUCCGGAAUGUUAGGCCAGUGGUUGCCAUAGCGACUGGGUAAGCGGAGAGGCUAGAUUAGGUAGACGCCAGCUCCUGUUACUGACCGGUCCUUGAGGUCAUGAGGACUACUCAGGGCACUCCAUGGGACACCCACUGAGACCGCCGGACUCCGGGUGUUUAGAAGAAUGAGAGGCUGAGGUUCUCCUGCCACGGACGGAACAUGUACAAGAAUGUUGCCAACUGGGACAACCUCAUCUGGAAAGAACAGGGGCCUGGCAAGCCGAAGAAGCCUGGCGACAGACUACAGAAAGGCUUUACUGCUGCAUACCCGACUCAAUACUCCAUCCCCUAUAGAAAUAAAAUAUCAAAACUUCAAGAGCCGGAAAAGAAGGGGUUCAACAGCCAAGCCAGAAGAUUUUAUCACAAAAUGGAUGACAUCCCGGGCCCUGGGUUCUACAAUGUCAUCCACCAGUCCCCGGUGUUCAACAGUGCCUCUCUCUCCAAGAAAGGAACCUGCACUUUCCCCUCUACGUGUGCUCGGCUGAGCAGCAUCAUUUCCAAAUACCCCGCCGCCAAUGCGUACACCAUCCAGUCAACCUUGGUUUCCAAGAAGGACUUCAGCAAUUCGUGUUCCAGCAUGUUCCAGCAGCCAAUCUUCAUGAAAGUGGUCAAACCCGAAACCCCCGCCCCGAACCAUUACAAUGCCUCCAUCUCUUCCUGCGCACAGAAGAACAAUGCCUGUUCUGGGUUUCUAUCGAAAACACAGAGAGGAUCCUUCCCCGUGGUCACAUUGGGAGGGCCAGCGCCAGGGCAAUACGAUGUGAAUGAGGCCCUGGUGAAGCAAUCGCCGAAGAUCUUAGUGUCCUGCUUCAAGUCAACAACCGGCCGUGGAUUAAAACCGACAUCAACGGGCCCAGGGCCGGGUUACUACAACCCCAAUGAGUGCAUCAAGAUUCUGAAGAAGCCUAGUGUCCCGAAAGCCACGCUCCUGAACUUCUCCGCCCACCCUCUGCUGCUGCCCCCGAAGCCACCCCCCCCAGGUCCUGGCCAGUACGAUAUUGUGGACUAUGAGGGACCUCCCAAGCACUUCAUCUCCAGUGCGUCGUUCGUGUCCAACACCAGCCGGUGGCCAUCGAUGUCAUCCAAAUCAAGCCUGCCCGGCCCAGCCACAUACAAGCCAGAGAUCCCGGGGAAGCAGUCGUUCCUCUACAAUGAGGACAACAAGUGGAUCCCGGUGUCAUAGUGACAGCACAGGAGCUCAGGGAGAGGCUCCUCCCAGGCUCUCUCCCUGCCCCGCUCCCCAGGCCACCCAUCAGCAGAAUGUGCCUUUCCCAUGUCACCCAGCCCAGGGUCGCAUACCGUCUGGAGCUGCCUUGUGACGACUUGACCGCCCUCCAUCCCUACCACGCUUUUCCAAGCAGAGAGAAGGAAUGGGCAGAGCUCUCUGGCUACCUCCGUGUCUGCCUCCGAGCUGGUUCCCGUGACUCCACUCCCCAGAGUUGAGGGGUCUUGGAGCACUAUUUUUGACGUCGCGUCCCAGCCUCCUGCCAUGGCAGCCUGUGGUAAAAGCAACUCAGCCAAGGUGCUGAGGCCUGACCCCUGACCUCUGGGAGGCAGAAAGGCACAGAUGUGUCCACAACAGAGGCACAUGGAUAUUCCCUGGGCACUGCUGCCCUCAGCCUUGUUAUUACGCAGCAAGAACUUGGAAACUGGCCGUGAACCGCUCAUCACUCCCAUGAACGUACAGACUCUGGAUUCGUCAGCAGGCAAGGCAGGACCUGGCUGGAGCUAGAGGCCUGGAACCAGAGUCCCAGGGCAGGGAGGACCUCUGUGUCCCUUGCCUUCAUGUCCUCACUUCCCCAACCUUGGCUCUGCCCUGCCUGGCCUCUGUCGCCAUAUCGCCUUCACACUCCAAUUCAGGGUGCGCAUCAGUUAACCAUGUUGGACAGAUGGUGUUUCUAACCGUGGCUUGCCUGCCAUGGCUGGGGGGAGAGCUGACCAAGAGCCAAGGUGAAAUUAAACUGACCACACGCCCUCUCCUUCCCCAGGUGCUGAUAAUGUGUGCCUCUCUUCUAAAUGGGAUCCUCUCGGACUCCCCUUCCCUCCUCCACCCCCACCCCGGUUUCCCUUCCACUCCCCCUUCCACAGGGGGCUACUCGCCUCCCUGACAUGCCCUGGGAACUGUGCGUCCUGGACCUCCCAUCUGGACUGGCUGCCUCAUUGGCUUUCCUCUCCGGGGGGAGGGAAGCGAGGCAUGAGGAAGAGGGAGGGAAGGGAUGAGAAAACUUAUUCAAUUAAAUGGA